AUGUCGGGCUUUGCUGCUAAGAAGCUGGUCGUGUUCGUCUGCCCGCUAAUCGUCUUCGUGUGCAUCAUCUUAAUUUUCGGUAUCAACGAUGGAAAAGUCGUUUAUCAACCUGCUAGCCAACCAGACCUAGUCGCCAGAGUGCAGGACGUUCUAGUCGUCAACAACGAAGACCCAAACGUCGACAAUAUCCCAGAAGUGGAAGAAGUCGUUGAGGAGGACGGCCUUGCGCAACUAAUUUCGAAUCUGCAAAUCGGUGACGACCAAGUUAAGAAGACCGCCGACAGCGCUGCCAGUGACAUUGGUGAUUUCGCCAGUGCAGAGUUCUCCAAUGGCGAUGGCGAUGGCGAUGGCCAUGAGAACGGCACCGGCGACAUUACCGAUGUGGCCCCUAUAACGACCGAACUCGACCAUCGCGAAAUUUUCUCUCUUUCCACCAAAAACCGCAAAUACUUCCCUCUGAAAUUUGGUAACCAUAUCGUAUACAAUCCCAACAUCUUGCCACAUCCCACCAAGCACGACACAUGGAUCAUUGCCGGCCAGCACGAAGGAAGCUGCGAAAAGCAUGUGGAUCUGGAGGAGAUGGUCUGCGAUGCUAUUUUCUGGGAGGAUGUGUUGAGCUGCAUCACCCCUCCUACGCUAUUGCCCGUGGAGCCUUCGAUACAAGGAACUUGCGAAGGGGAUCUCGCCGUCUUGAAUCUUCAGUAUGGACCUCGUGAUGCCCGGGUUUUCUAUGGCCCGUCGGCGCCGUAUAUAUUGUACGGGUCGCAAUCGAUCUUUACCUGCAUUAGCAUUUGGCUCCAGGAUGUCCGUAUGUUACUCGAGGACUUUCGUCUAGAGCAGCUUGCCUUGUCCAAAAUCUUCGAGAGAGCAACCGAGGUCGAACGACCUAUGCCAUACAAAGAAAUGGAGAAGAACUUCUUCCUCUUCUGGGACAGCCAAGAACAGAUGUACGCUCAUUACGACAUCUUUCCAAAUCGCGUUUUUGCUCAGCUCUCAGCCAAUGGGUCGAUCGGGCCAGACCUGGCUACUGCUGCCGAAUUCAGCGACAAAAUGUGCAUGGCAAAGUAUCUGCCGACCGUGGGCCCAGAUCGCGAGUCGCUCCAUCAAGCCACCAAUUCUCUCUCGAUCACGCUCUGCAAGCGUGUGGACUCUUCAUGUGUCCCUAACGACUCUAACACCUUCAUCAUAACCAUCUUCCACAAAAAGGUAUCCAAGGACUACCAUCCGGUCUACGAGCCCUAUGUCAUGCUUCUCCAACGUGAUGCCCCUUUCGCUAUCCACGCCAUCUCUCAGCGGCCGCUGUGGAUUUCUGGCCGCGGACCAUUCACCAAUGAGUCAGGCUCAAUCCUCUGGAAGGAUCAAGAGCCUCCUAAAGGACACACCGAGAUGUUUUACAUGACGAGCAUGAGCUGGAAGAGCCAUGUGCAAAAGUAUCAUGGCCAUAUUGAUGAUGAUCUGUUUUUGGCAUUCGGCAUUGAAGACUCAAAAGCUGGUGCCGUCGACCUCAAGGCUGGCGAUUUGCUACAAGAUCUGGCGUACUGCGCAAACUAG